AUGCGUCAACAGGUCACAGAAUCCGUGGUUUCCCUGAGGCUUCUUGCUGACUGCCUUCCUUCUCCUCCCUCCAGCUGGAAGACUUACAUCCCAGGCUGGCCUCACUGCCUCAACGAGGAGACCAUAAAAAACCUGGACUUCAACAUCAAAUACUCUCUGGCAAAGAACAGCACCUUCCACCUGCGAGGAGGCUCAAUGUUGGCAGAUCUGAAACUCAAAGGGCUGCUGGACCGCAAGGGGCUCUGGAAGAGUCUGGAGGAGAUGAGAAGUGUGUUCAACUUCCAGCCAAAACCAAGCGCCAAGCACGUGUUUGCGCACUGGUAGGAGGACGCCUUCUUCGCCCACCAGUUCCUGGAUGGCCUCAACCCGGUCCUGAUCCGCCGCUGUUGCCGCCUCCCAAAGAACUUCCCUGUCACUGAUGCCAUGGUGGCCCCAGCGUUGGUCCCGGGGACGAGUCUGCAGGCUGAGCUGGAGGAAGGGUCCUUGUUCCUGGUGGAUCACAGCAUCCUCUCUGGCAUCCGCACCGAUGUCAUUAACGGGAGGCCUCAGUUCUCCGCAGCCCCAGUGACCCUGCUAUGCCAGCGCCCAGGGUGUGGGCCCCCGCUGCCCCUUGCCAUCCGGCUCAGCCUGACCCCUGGGCCCGACAGCCCCAUCUCUCUGCCCAGCGACGACAGGUGGGACGGGCUGCUGGCCAAGACGUGGGUGCGCAAUGCCGAGGUCUCCAUCCACAAGGCCCUCACACACCUGUUACGGGUACACCUGGUGACCGAGGUCUUCUCCCUGGCUACGCGGCGCCAGCUGCCUCACUGCCACCCACUCUUGAAGGGCAGUGGCCCACUGCACGUCAACACGCCGGCCCGUGAGCUACUCAUUGCCCCCGGGAAGGUGGUGGACAGGUCCACAGGCCUUGGCAUUGAAGGUUUCUCUGAGCUGAUACAGAGGUACGUGGAACAGCUGAACUAUUCCAUCCUGUGUCUGCCUAAGGAUAUCCAGGGCCGAGGAGUUGAAGACAUCCCAGGCUACUACUACCGGGGUGAUCGGAUGCACUUCUGGGGUGCAGUGGAAUGCUUUGUCUCUGGAAUAAUCGGCAUCUAUUACCUGAGCGAUGAGUCUGUCCGCCAUGACAGUGGACUCCAGGCCUGGGUGUGGGAGAUCUUCUCCGAGGGCUUCCUAGGCCGGGAGAGCUCAGGUGUACCCUCCUCCCUAGGGACACGGGAAGCCCUGAUACACUACAUCACCAUGGUGAUAUUCACCUGCUCGGCCAAGCAUUCCGCUACCGGUACAGGGCAGUUGGACUUCAGUGCCUGGAUGCCCAAGCUGCCACCUACCAUGCAGCUGUCACCGCCCACCUCUAAAGGCCAGGCAAGCCCGGAGGGGUUCAUAGCCACCCUCCCACCAGUCAGUGCCACAUGUGAUGUCAUCAUUGCCCUCUGGGUGCUGAGCAAGGAGCCUGGAGACAGACGGCCCCUGGGCACCUACCCGGAUGAGCGCUGCACAGAGGCGGCUCCGUGCUGGAGCAUCGCGGCCUUCCAGAGCCGCCUGGCUCAGAUCUCGAGAGACAUCCAGGAGCAAAACCGGGGCCUGGAGCUGCCCUACACCUACCUGGAUCCUCCCAUCAUGGAGAACAGCGUCUCCAUCUAAAUCCCCUGGGGAAAAGGGCCCCACAUGACAUCCCUUUGACCCCAUAGCUCUAGGCUACCUGCCACCCAGAGAAAAGGACUCCCCAGAAAACCAGGCCCGCAUAAGCCCCACUGGGUCUGGUGUAACUCAUCCCCAACACACCGCAAAACAGAAACAAACAAACAAAAAACCCAGAGAAUAAAAGCUUGUUGGACGGCACCACUAUGCCUUUUGAAGACACCAAGCCUCAGAGCGCCUGCACACCCACAGCUCCCUGCAAGGGAACCAUGGGGGGAACACAGCCCUGCCCCCGAUCGCACUGACCACAGCUGAUUGGACCUAAAGGUCAUGCGGCUCAAGGGCAGCCCUCUUCCAGACUGUCCAGCAGCACAAGGCAUGGCCCGCCUGAAAACUGCUCGAGAGGUUGAUGGUGACCUAUGGUCCCAACUUUCAAAUGAACAACCCACUGAGAAAGGGCCAUGGGAAGAAGGAAGACCUAUUGCCGGGACUUGCAGGCAGUGCCCACAUAUGCUUUCUAAAGAA